AUGGUGACAGGAUUAUCUUUACAGUUGACUCAAAUGGUCAACAACCAAGGCAAUGCAAGAAACCAUCAAAGACAAGAGUUGCAAAAUGAUGGAGAAGGAUUCAAUUUUGCAGCAAGAUUGACCAAGAUUGAAUUUCCUCGGUUUAAAGGUGAUGAUCUAACUUCAUGGUUGUUUAGGGUGGAACAAUUCUUUCAGUUGGAUAGAGUGUCGGAUGAAACAAAGGUCAGAUUGGCAGCCAUUCAUUUUGAGGGAAAAGCGUUACAAUGGUAUCAAUCUUUUACUGGGCAAAGAAUUGAAGGUGAAGUUUUGACUUGGGUGGAAUUGGUAGAAGCUUUGAAGGUCAGAUUUGGGAAGUUGUUUGAUGAUCCUAUGACUGAUCUUAAGAACUUGAAACAAACCACUUCUGUUCAAGAGUAUCAUGAUAAGUUUGAUGCCAUUAUCAGCAGACUUCAACUGCCAAUAGAGUAUGCUCUAAGUUGUUUCAUGGCGGGGUUAGAAGAGGAGAUACAAUUGCAGGUAAGAAUGUUCAACCCUAAGAAUAUUCAAGAAGCCUUCUGUUUGGCUAAACUGCAAGAAGCCACUAUCAAGGCUAAGAGGGGAAGAGUUGGGUUCAAGCCACCUAUUUUACCUAACCCAAGCAACAAUAAGCAACCAGUUUCCUUUAGUAAGUCAGCGGGUUUUGACUCAAAAAAAAAUGUGAUUAGGAAGACCUUGACCAAAGGUGAAAUAGAUGAAAGAAGGUCUAAGGGCUUGUGUUUCAAGUGUGAUGAGAAGUAUUCACAAGAACAUAUAUGCAAGGGUAACAGGAAACCUCAGCUGUAUCACAUUGAAGUUGAAUGGGUAGAAGAAGAGGUUGAAGAGGGGGAGGAUGAAGUGGUAAUGGAGUGUGCUCAAAUCUCAGUUAAUGCAGUGGAAGGAAAUGAUAGGUAUAAGUCCAUUAGGGUUACGGGUCAUUAUGGAAAACAUGAAUUACAAUUGUUAAUGGAUACUAGAAGUUCACAUAAUUUUCUGGAUAUUGCAUUAGCCAAACAAUUGGGGUGUAAGAUGGUUAAGGGCCCAGCUAUGUUAGUAAAAGUGGCAAAUGGUCAUGAAGAAAUUUGUGAUCAAAUGGUGAAGGGAUUUUCUUGGAUCAUGCAAGGAAUUCAAUUCACAGCGGAUGUGUAUGUAAUGCCCUUGGGGGGUUGUGAUUUGGUUUUGGGGGUUCAAUGGUUUACAACCUUAGGAAGCAUCAAUAUGAAUUAUAUUGAUAGAACCAUAGCUUUCAAGUUCAAUGGUCAGAAAGUAGUUUUGAGGGGGCAAUAUGGGAGGAAAUUUUCUCAAAUUACUAAGGGUAGCUUGAAGAAAAUGGAGUUACAGAGAGCUGAAUUGUCUAUGGUGCAGGUAUGUGCCAUUGAAGGGUAUAGUACAAAUACUUCAAUGGUACUGCAGAAAACUCAGCAAUCCAAGGAACAACAGCAGCAGUUACAGAAGCUGUUAGAGGAUUUCAAGGAUGUCUUCCAAGACUUAAAGUCUUUACCAUCAUCUAGGGGCCAGUAUGAUCACAGAAUUCCAUUGAAACAAGGAACUGAUGGAGUGAAUUUAAGGCCUUAUAGAUAUCCUGUGGUACAAAAGGAUGUGAUAGAAAAAAUGACUAAUGAUUUGUUAGAACAAGGGGUAAUUCGGUCCAGUACUAGUUCUUUUGCUUCACCAGUGGUUCUAGUCAAGAAGAAAGAUGGUACAUGGAGGAUGUGUAUAGAUUAUAGGAAACUGAAUCAGGCCACAAUUCCAUUGGUGGAAGAUUUGAUGGAUGAAUUAUAUGGUACAAAAUUUUUCUCUAAAUUGGAUCUAAAAUCUGGGUACCAUCAGAUCAGAAUGGAUGAUUCAGACAUCCAUAAAACAGCAUUUAAAACUCAUAAUGGUCAUUUUGAGUUUUUGGUCAUGCCUUUUGGGCUGACUAAUGCACCAUCUACCUUUCAAGGUUUAAUGAAUCAGGUUUUUAAACAGUACCUGAGGAAAUAUGUACUGGUUUUCUUUCAUGAUAUAUUGGUGUAUAGUCCUUGUUGGGAUACUCAUUUAUCUCAUUUAAAAGAUGUCCUAUUGGUGUUAAGGCAACAUCAGUUGGUAGCCAAAAGAAGCAAGUGUGAAUUUGGAACCACUAAGCUGGAGUAUUUGGGUCAUAUAAUAUCUCAACAAGGAGUGGCAACUGAUCCAGCAAAAGUAUCUGCAAUACAACAAUGGCCUGUACCUGCCAACAUCAAAGAAUUGAGGGGAUUUUUGGGACUCACUGGUUAA